UUUAGCAGAUAGUUCACAAAACUGUGCAGGAGUUUUGAAGUUAGCUAGCUUUUUAUCACUAAAAACAUAUUAAAAUAACACAAUUAUGCGCAAGUGUUAGCCAGAUAUAAGACAUUAGCAAUGCCACCACUGAGCCUUGUUUGUUACUAAUGGAAACGCAAAAUUAAGACGUUAGCUAGCGUUACAAACUGUAUACAGUAGAUGCAUUUUCUUGAUGUUCCGGCAUUUUCAAACUAACAAUGGCACUUCUGGGUAGUGAACAUUUGUGGGGAGAACAAUAACAGCUAACGUUAGAGGAGGGUGACUGAUCAGGUAUGUCUCUGCGGAUAUUUUCGUGUUUGCUGCUGCUCUUCUGUCUGGAUUUCUUCAGACAUGAAGUCCUCCUCGGGGCUCAGGCAGACUCGGUGCCCAGUGCAGCCCAAACUUUAGUGUGGGGACCCGGGCUCGAGACGGACGUCGUCCUCCCAGCGCGGUUCUUCUUCAUACAGGCGGUGGACAGCUCGGGCAGAAAUUUAACAACAUCACCUGGUGAGAAGACCUUUGAAGUGAAGAUCGAGUCUCCGGCGGAGCAGUUCACCAGGAUCUGGAUCCAGGUCCUGGAUCGUCACGAUGGCUCCUUCCUGGUCCGCUACAGAAUGUAUGCCACCUACACAGACCUUCACAUCAACAUCCUGCUCAAGAACAAACAUGUGGCCAAGUCACCGUUCAUUCUCAAAGGCCAAGUCUACCAUGAGGGCUGUGACUGUCCCGAGCUCAGUGGCUCUGUAUGGGAGGCAGACAUGCACUGUCCUGAGUCCUUCUCUCAGAUAGACAAGGACCUGGCCCUCUAUGCUAUUGUGGACCCUGAUCGGAACGCGGAUGAGAUCCCAAAGCGAUUUGGACAGAGACAAAGCCUCUGCCACUACACUGUCAAAGACAACAAGGUCUACGUACGAACGUAUGGAGAGCAUGUGGGUUUCAGAAUCUUUAUGGAUGCCAUCCUCCUGUCAAUCACCAGAAAGGUGCGGCUGCCUGAUCUGGAGUUCUUCGUUAACCUGGGUGACUGGCCGUUGGAGAAGAGGAAACCCAGUGAGAUGAUUCACCCCAUCUUUUCCUGGUGUGGCUCCAAUAACACCAGAGAUAUUGUCAUGCCGACGUAUGAUCUGACAGAGUCGGUGCUCGAGACCAUGGGAAGAGUGAGUCUGGACAUGUUGUCGGUGCAGGCAAACACAGGGCCCCCAUGGCCGGAGAAGAACGCCACGGCCUUCUGGAGGGGCCGGGACAGUCGGCAGGAGCGUUUGGAGCUGGUCAAACUUUCCAGAGCUCACCCCGACGCCAUCAACGCUGCCUUCACCAACUUCUUCUUCUUCAAACAUGACGAGAGCCUCUACGGGCCUCUGGUCAAACACGUGUCCUUCUUUGACUUUUUCAAGUACAAGUACCAGAUAAACAUUGACGGCACUGUGGCAGCAUAUCGGCUGCCUUACCUUCUGGCAGGAGACAGUGUGGUCCUGAAGCAGGAUUCUGGCUACUACGAGCACUUCUACAACAGGCUCCAUCCGUGGGAGCACUACAUCCCAGUCAGGGCGGACCUCGGAGACCUGCUGGAGAAGAUCCAGUGGGCUCGUGAGCACGAUGAAGAGGCUAAGAAAAUUGCACUGGCGGGUCAGCAGUUUGCCCGCAAUAAUCUGAUGGGAAACAGCAUAUUUUGUUACUACUACAAACUUUACAAGGGGUAUGCCAAACGCCAGGUCACAGAGCCCAAGGUUCGUGAAGGCAUGGAGCUCGUAGAGCAGCCCAGUGACGACCUGUUUCCAUGUUCCUGCCACAGGACCAGGGCGAAGGAUGAACUAUAACUCCGGUAAUUGUGGCCAAGAUGAAGAGGACUUACUUAUUCCAGAUACACAGCAAUCCUUCAUAUCUGAAAUACUGCCAAAUAUUUUUCGGAAUGUUCAUUAAUUGUUUGAUUAUGACAUGACUCACUUUUUUUUAAUAAAUACAUUUCUGUUUGUAUGUGAAAA